CGCACCAUUUACGGUCUCUUUAGUUUCCAGCAACCGGUACAAUUUUGUUUAUUUUAUGGAACCUUCUGCCAAAAAAUCGAAAAUGACAAAGAACUAUAAGUUUAAGAACAACAAGAAGAAGUACUUCAAAUCGAAGGCGCAGGUGCUUCAACCUGGACAACGUGGAUUCUUCGCCACGUGCAACAUAAACGAGAAGGCGUGUGUCCGCGAAUGCUACAAUCUGUUGAACCACUAUGCGGAUAUUCUUUACGGUCCGGAAAAAGUGGAGAAUGAGCCGGAAAAAGAGGAGGCACAGGAAGAAGCAGGUGGUGAGGCAAGUGGGGAUGCUGGAAAAGCAACUGCAGGAGAAGCCACCAGCGAUGACGACGAUGAUCUAGAAGCAGCUGCAGCCAAGUGUCGUGAGAAGAACUCCCAGCGAAAAGUGCGAUUCCAGAGCUUAGAUACCAGCACUACCAACUGCGUCUUCAUACGCACCCAAUUGGAAGAUCCUGUGGCCCUAGGAAAAUACAUUAUUAACGACAUUGCCACCACAGGAAAGUCUAUGUCCCGGUUCGUCCUUCGCUUGGUGCCCAUUGAAGUGGUUUGCCGUGCCAACAUGCCCGACAUAAUUUCUGCAGCCGGAAUCCUCUUCGAUAAGCACUUUCUCAAGGAACCCACAAGCUAUGGCAUCAUAUUCAACCAUCGCUACAAUCAGCAAAUCAAGCGAGAUCAAAUCAUCGCCAAGCUGGCCGAACUAGUCAACUCAAAGAAUGUGGGCAACAAAGUGGACCUGAAGGAGGCCAAGAAAUCCAUCAUUGUGGAGGUUUUGAGGGGCUGGUGCUUGCUAAGUGUCAUCGAAAACUAUCUGGACUGCAAAAAGUUCAAUCUGGCGGAGUUGGCCAAUCCCAGCGAUAAGAAGUCUAAUGGUGAAGGCGAUUUAAAGUCUGAGAAGUCAUCAGGAGAAAAGGAACCCAAUGAGAAGGAGGAAUCCGAGCCUAAGGAGAAGCCUUUAGGAGACUCAAAAAUUGAAGAAACUGACAUCUAAAAGGAGAAGCUACCCCAAACCAACUAAGCGUUCGCUUAAUACAAACUAAUCAAAAAAUUUGUAAGACAGAUGACUCCCAACCCAGAAGAGGGCAUGGAGAGAAGACCAGAUAAACAUAUAAAUAUGAAUAAUAAAAAUAUGUAAAUAAAAAAGUGCAUUAUGUGUA